AUGACGACAUUCGUUAAUACCAUUCCAAAAAGAUGGGCUCUUCAAGCAACCUUCCGUAGCGGAUUGACGCGUCCCUUACCCUGGCGUCAGCACCAGCUAUACCAGCUUGCACGCAUGGCGCAGAAUGAACGCGGGCUCGUUUGCGAUGCCCUAUGGAAAGACCUCGGAAAGCCAAAAACAGAAGCCCUGUCGAAUGAAUUGGGCAACGUUAUUGAUAGAGCCGUGAAGAGUGCAGAGCGGCUCCCAGAGCGGGCCAAGCCUGAACAUCCUGAGGUGGUUGAUCGGCAGAAACCAUGGAACCCAACGAUAUACAAGGCUCCGAAGGGCACUGUGUUGAUAAUCUCGCCAUGGAACUUCCCUAUGAUGCUCUCUUUCCAACCUCUUAUUGGAGCGAUCGCAGCAGGUUGUACUGCCGAAAUAGUCCCGAAGUACCUCGACCCAAAUAUGUACCGCAUCGUUAACAGUGGUAUCCCUGAAACUUCAAAGCUUCUGGAGCUUCAAUGGGACCAUAUUUUCUACACGGACAAUGGCAAGGUCGCUAGGAUCGUUGCCAGCGCUGCAGCUAAGCACCUGACGCCACUGACACUGGAAUUAGGAGGAAAGAGUCCUGUCAUUAUCGACUCGGCCUAUGAUAUUUGCGUGGCACCUGACUAUGUCCUCGUACAGCGGGACAAGCAGGAUGAGCUGGUCAAGGCAUUGCAAAGCAUUAUAACGCAUUCUUCCCAAAUGGGUGAAGUCGUUCCUCCGGGUCGCGCUGACGCUGCGAGGAAGAGACUCGAACUCACCAUUUUCAAGAAUGUUGCAGACGGCGAUUCCUUGCUAGAAGAAGAACUCUUUGGCCCAAUAUUGCCUAUCGUGCCCGUGGAUUUUCUUGAUCAGGCAAUCAACUUUGUUAAUGCACGAUCUCAUCCGCUAGUCCUGUACGCUUUUAGUGACAACAAGCGCUUGAAGCAACGGCUUAUUUCGGAAACACGGAGCGGUGGUAUUGUUUUCAACGACACCUUGCAACAGUUCGCAGUGAGUGAACUACCGUUUGCGGGAGUGGGCGAGUCAGGCUACGGAUCCCAAUUUUCGAAAUAUACAUACGAUACGUUUACGCAGCUUCGUAGUUCUAUGGACAUGCCGAGAGAGGCUGAGGCGAACCUAGCGAUGAGGUAUCUGCCUCACUCGAAAGAGGCGGUGAAAACUAUCACUGCUGCGGUGUACACGCCCAUUCCACCAAGCAGCUUGUGA